AAAGAGUACAUUUGGAUGUCCCAUAUGAGUGAACCAUACAAAUGUACUCUAUUAAUUACAAAUAUAUAGUUUUUAGUCUUUUUAGUCUCACGAGAUGAGAGUCUCAUCUCAUGAGACUACUCUUACGAUUCAUAGUCUCACAAUCAGUCACGGAGCAAACUCAUGAUGAGUGACAUGAGACGUGCUUUUUAUGCCGCUGACUUUGAGCAAGUUCAUUUUAUUUUUUACCUUCUGGUUUUAAAAAAUGUUCACACCGAAGAUCAUUAAAAUGAAGUGAAAUUAGCCAACCAUUGGUCGGUAAUAAUAAAUACAGCUUCUUUUGUAAAUGAGCACAAUUACUUCUACAAACUAUAUUUGAUUUGUGAAAACUUUGGUUUUGGAUUUGCUGAUCACCUGCCAACUUCUCUACUUCCUCUUGGUGAUAAUGCACCCGUUUCCUGUUCGACAAGUUAUUCUGGAGUUCCGGCCAUUUUUUCUCAUCACGACACGUCUUUUCACACGGUGUCAACACACAACGCCGUUCGGUUCCCCACUCGCCCAAUCUUCUGGCCCUUGUACUUUCUAUCGUAGAAAAGGCCUGAUUUUCUUGAAUGGAGAAAAAUUGUGUGAUUAUUCUACAAAAGCUAAAUGCUCAUCAUCAAGCCUCAACACGUGUCUUGGUGAUGCCCGAUUACUAUGUAUCGAUCAAACACGAUUUUUAUAUAAAGGCUUUAAUCUACUCCAUUUUGGAAGUCAAGCCUCCACACCUUUGAUUCCUGAAGAGCUAGAUCAAAACGUGUAUGAGGACAUUGCGGAUGAGACUCUGGAAGCGUUGUACACCUACUUUGAUGAAAUCUUGGAAAGUUCUCCCGUCAUAAAUAAUGGUGAUGUGUCUUUUAGCGUGCCGAGGAUAUAAGAGACAGCAUUGAAACAGCUGAAAGUUAUGUCGUCGAAAUAUCGGUCAGCCUGGAGUUCUGAAAAAAAUGAGGCGAAAGCUGUGGAGUUUUGUGAAGACUUCAAGCAAUACACUGUAAACACGCGCUAGUUAUGUGUUCCCAAGUAUAGAAAAUAAACAAUUAAUCUAUUUAUGUAAAUAAUGUAUAGUUAACAAAUUUAAUUCAAGUUGAUUAUAGAAAUUAGUACUACAUUGGGAUGACAAUACUACUCGUCAGAAGCAAAAAUCGCUUCGAGAAAUUUUAUGCCGAAGUCCGUGGAGUGUAAGUUCAAUAUAUGUCGUCAUCUGUAUCCUAGUAGGUUUUAUAUUGCGGGAAAAAGAUUGAUCACGACAACACUGAAAUGGCGUAAAUUCGAACGCAGUAGAAGCCGUUUUCCAAAAGGUCAUAAACGUAAACAUCAAUUUGUGCAGCAUAUAUUAAUAACAAUUUGAUACUUGACAUUUCGUAAUUAAUAAAUGCGUAAAAACAAAUACAAGAUAUAAUAAAAACUUAAAAUUGUAUGCA